UCUAAAAGGACGUUGGGUUCUCUCUAUUCCCAAAAUGGAACAUAAUGGAAUGUAGAUCAAAAUCACGCUGUUGCUGAUUUCUAGGUUUUCGAGAAAUGACGACCAUUAGAACGCCGCCGUUUUCACCCUCCCAAACCACUUGCGGAUCUCUCCUUGUCGAGUUGCAGAAAAUAUGGGAUGAAAUUGGGGAGAGUGAAAGUGAAAGAGAUAAGAUGCUUCUGCAACUUGAGCAAGAAUGCCUUGAUAUCUAUAGAAGGAAGGUUGAAAAAACUAAGAAGCACAGGGCUGAUCUGUGUCAAACACUCAAUGAAGCUGAAACUGAAGUUUCUAGCCUUGUUUCUGCUCUAGGUGAACAUGCGAACUUUGUUCAGAAGGAAAAAGGCACUCUCCAUGAGCAAUUAUCUGCCAUAAAACCUGUAUUGGAAGACUUGAGAAUGAAGAAGCAAGAAAGAAUGAAGGAAUUUUCUGAAACCCAGUCUCAGAUUGUUCGGAUAUGUGCAGAAAUAGCAGGCAAUAUUCAGUCCAUCAAUUCUGUUAAUGCACAAGUAAAUGAGAGGGAUUUGACAAUGAAAAAGUUGGGUGGGCUGAAGUCAUACCUACAAGAGCUUCAGAGUGAAAAGAUUCUUCGUUUGCAGAAAGUCAAUAGCCAUGUUAAUACCAUUCAUGAACUGUCAGUUGUAAUGUCAAUUGAUUUUGUCAAGACAAUAAUUGAAGUUCAUCCAACCCUGGUUGAUCCUUCACAUGGACAAAUGAGGAGUAUUAGCAAUGACACCCUUGCUCGAUUAACAGGCAUGAUUCAUUCACUGAAGGAAGAGAAACUACAAAGGCUUCAAAAGCUUCAAGAUCUUGGGAGCACGCUUAUGGAACUAUGGAAUCUCUUGGACACAUCUGUUGAUGAACAAAAACAAUUUAAGCAUGUUACUUGCUUAAUUUCUUCUUCCAUUGAUGAGGUUGUAAGGCAAGGGUGCCUUGCUCUAGAUGUCAUUGAGCAGACUGAGGUUGAAAUUGAGCGAUUGAAAGUUUUAAAAGCCAGCAAGAUGAAGGAGCUGGUACUCAAGAGGCAAAAUGAGCUUGAAGAAAUUUACAGAGGGGUUCAUAUGGAUUUGGAUACUGAUGCAGCAAGACAAACACUUGUCAGCCUUAUAGAUUCUGGAAAUGUUGAUCUGUCUGAUUUGCUUUCUGGAAUCGAUGACCAGAUUGUAAAGGCUAAAGAGCAAGCUCUAAGCAGGAAGGAUAUUUUGGACAAGGUGGAGAAAUGGAAAUAUGCAUCGGAUGAGGAAAACUGGCUUGAUGACUAUGAGAGGGAUGAAAACCGGUAUAGUGCUGGCAGGGGAGCACAUAAAAAUCUGAAACGGGCAGAGAAGGCACGGAUUCUAGUCAGCAAGAUACCAUCAAUUGUUGAAAAUUUGACUGCAAAAGUGAAAGCCUGGGAAAUGGAGAAAGGAAUGCCAUUCUUUUAUGACAAGGUCCCCUUGUUACAAACCUUGGAGGAAUAUAUUGUGCUGAGGCAGGAAAGGGAAGAAGAAAAACGUAGAUCUCGGGAGCAGAAACGGUUACAAGAACAAUUUGCUACAGAGCAAGAGGCUUUAUUCGGGUCUAAGCCCACAACAAAAAAGCCACUGGGCCAAAGCACCAAUGCUAACACACUGGCAGGAACACCAGUCGGCCGCCGUGUUUCGACUCCUUCAUCCCGUCAUGGGGUUUCAGCGGGUAAAGAACGGAGGGAUAGUGGCAGGGGAGGUACCACAAUACCUCCAAACUAUGUUGCUCUGCCAAAAGGAUGAUUCAUCUCUCAGUAGAGUUGAACUAGACUCUUCGUCUCACAGACCAUGACUUUAGUUUUUUAUGAUUCUGAACUUGUCAACAGGUCACCAAAUUUGUUGACAACUUAAUUGUGAUUGAUUCUGUUGUGUUGAAAAAUGCAUGCCUUGUUCAUUCUCUUACAA